GGUAGUCAUAUAAUAUUGGCUCCAAUUGUGGCUUUUGAAUAUGUGUACGAGUGUCUCUAAGGCCUGAACGGUCAAAGCCACUGCGGCGCCGACCUACAUAGCCGAAGCAGCAGCAGCAGAACAAGAACUUCACAGUUUAAAUCAAAUCCCUAACCCGGAUAAUGCUUUCCCUACGCUUCCCUAUUUCAUUCGAGAACUCUCUGAUCACUCCCUUCAAACCCAGACCCUCGCGCUUCCAAACACCCACAGUCCAAUCACUUCCACGCCUCUCAAGCUCACUCUCUCUUCCUCGCGCAACCACAGCUGGCGUGGUUCUCAAGGAAGAGGACAGAGAGUUAUCAAAUAACCGAUUUGCCCCUCGCGGAGACUUCCCGCCAGGCGGCGAGCCUUUGCCGGCCGGUCUCCAGCGAGAGCUGAUGCCGAGGCACGUGGCGGUGAUCAUGGACGGUAACGUGAGGUGGGAGAGGCGGAGAGGGUUGCCGGCUGGGUCGGGUCACGAGGCUGGUGCUCGGUCGUUGAGAGAGCUCGUUGAGCUCUGCUGGAAAUGGGGGAUUAGGGUUCUUACUGUUUUUGCGUUUUCGUAUGAUAAUUGGGUUCGGCCCCAGGUGGAGGUUGAUUUUUUGAUGAAUUUGUUCGAGAAGAUGACAAGCUCAGAAAUCGACAGUUUUGCAAGGGAUGGUAUUCGAAUUUCGGUCAUUGGGGAUUUGUCAAAGCUCCCCAACUCUUUACAGAAACUGAUAAGUGAUGCAGAGGAUAGAACGAAAGGCAACUUUAGACUCCACCUGAUUGUGGCAGUGAGCUACAGUGGAAAGUACGAUAUUGUGCAAGCAUGUAAAAAUAUUUCUCAGAAGGUGAAAGAUGGCCUUAUUCAAGUUGACGAUGUCAAUGAAAGCUUCAUUGAACAAGAACUGGAAACUAACUGUACUGAGUUUCCAUACCCUGAUCUACUGAUAAGAACCAGUGGAGAACUCAGAGUCAGCAACUUCUUGUUGUGGCAGUUGGCCUACACGGAAUUUUUCUUCGUAUCAGCUCUUUGGCCUGAUUUUGGGAAAGCUGAGUUUGUUGAGGCCUUGAUUUCCUUUCAGCAGCGGCAGAGGCGUUAUGGUGGAAGAGAUUUAUAAGUGAUCAAAUGUCACGAAUUUAAAUCGUACAUUUUUUGCUGAAAGCCUGUACUAUUCUGUAAAUAUCAGCAUCAAGUACUGGAUGUAAAUGUAAUGAAUAGUAUUUAUGCAUCUAAUUUCUUCUGUCCCCUACAUCUGGACUUGUAUAAAAUAUUUAUGCAUACGCAUAUCA